AGUGGCUUAUUCUUUACAGAGAAGAUGCGUCUAUCCUCCUCUCCUUCCAUACACCCAGUGACGGCACUAUCCCACGCGAAUUGUGUAGACAACGCGGCAGCCACUGUAUUCUACUGUUGCGUACAUGAGCUGUAAACUAUCCUCGUAAAGCAGCGUUUCUGUGGUACUCCUACGGAGUUGCGCAGUUCAUGAGCUGAACGCAUCCUCUACGCAGACAGCCGUGAUGUCGACAGAGGAGACUGGACAUGAAGGCGCUGAUGAACUGCUUUAACGAUGAGGGAAAAUACAGUAGGGUGUUGCGAAGAGGCAACCGUGUUGUGCGUACAAGUAUAGGGACUGACGACACACCGAAGCACUUUAGGCUUUCGCACUUGCCAUGACGGGCGGAUCGCUGCAGACCGCUACUGGUGUUGGAUGCUAGUAAAGCACGCAACAGUGUGCCAAUGCUCUUCACCGACAAAAGAAGAACUGGACGGAGGAAGAUGAGGCAACGCAACGCUCCACAUCAACAUCCGAUGCGAUUUGCGGCACUGCUGUUUGACAAGCUGUCGAUGUUCCCUCACUUGACGGAACUGAUGAUGCCGGUGGUGCAGCCGUCGCUCCUAUGCAAUGCAAGAUACUUGUGGCUGCGCAGAUGUCAAUCAUUUGAUUCACAGAUUGCAAUCUGUGUUUACACAACAGCUUCUCUUCGUUGGUUGGAGCACUGCACUUGCGUCGUUUAA